GCUGGAGCUCAGGGUUGGUCAGGCCUAAGUGGGCCCUAGGCGGACGUGAGCAGGGUCGGACCAAGAUGGCGAUGCAGGUGGUGCAAGCGGUGCAGGCGGUUCAUCUGGAGUCGGAUGCUUUCCUAGUUUGUCUCAACCACGCUCUGAGCACAGAGAAGGAGGAGGUGAUGGGACUGUGCAUAGGGGAGUUGAAUGAUGACACCAGGAGUGACUCCAAAUUUACAUAUACUGGAACUGAAAUGCGCACAGUCGCUGAAAAGGUUGACACCGUCAGAAUUGUUCACAUCCAUUCUGUCAUCAUCUUGCGACGUUCUGAUAAGAGGAAGGACCGAGUGGAAAUUUCGCCAGAGCAGCUAUCUGCGGCCUCAACAGAGGCGGAGAGGUUGGCUGAACUAACAGGUCGUCCCAUGAGAGUGGUGGGCUGGUAUCACUCCCAUCCUCAUAUAACUGUUUGGCCUUCACAUGUUGAUGUUCGCACACAAGCCAUGUACCAGAUGAUGGAUCAAGGCUUUGUAGGACUUAUUUUUUCCUGUUUCAUAGAAGAUAAAAACACAAAGACUGGCCGGGUACUCUACACUUGCUUUCAAUCCAUUCAGGCCCAAAAGAGCUCAGAGUAUGAGAGAAUUGAAAUCCCAAUCCAUAUUGUACCUCAUGUGAGUAUUGGAAAAGUGUGCCUUGAAUCAGCAGUUGAGCUGCCCAAGAUCCUGUGCCAAGAGGAGCAGGAUGCAUAUAGGAGGAUCCACAGUCUUACACAUCUGGACUCAGUAACCAAGAUCCAUAAUGGCUCAGUGUUUACCAAGAACCUGUGCAGUCAGAUGUCAGCAGUCAGCGGACCUCUCCUACAGUGGUUGGAGGACAGACUGGAGCAAAACCAACAUCAUUUACAGGAGUUGGAACAAGAAAAGGAAGAGCUUAUGCAAGAACUUUCUUCUCUAGAAUAAAGUGGGAGACAAAAUGAAGAAAAAAUGAAAAUAUCCAAGUGUAAAAUUAAUUAAGCUAAAUCAAUUUUGAAGAAAAAGUUGGAAGACUCACAUUACUUGAUUGAAGACUUACUAUAAAGCAAGAGUAAUCAGAUGGUAAGGUAUAUGCCCAACGGAUUUUGACAAAGUUAUGAAAGCAAUUCAGUAAAGGAAGGAUGUUCUUUUUAACAAAUGAUGCUGGAGUAAUUGGACACCCAAAGGCAAAAAAUGAACUUUGACAUAAAAUGCAAACCUUAAAC